UCCAAGUCUGUGGCUGGGGCAAGGCCCAAAACUGAGUCCAAGGCUAUGGCUGGGGCAAGACCCAAAACUGAGUCCCAGGCAAUGGCCGGGGCAAGACCCAAAACUGAGUCCCAGGCAAUUGCCGGGGCAAGGCCCAAAACUGAAUCCCAAGUGGUGGCAGGAGCGAGGCCCAAAACUGAGGCCAGAGCAGUAGGUGGGGCACGUCCUAAGACUGAAGCCAAGGCAAUCCCUGGGACACGGCCCAAGGAUGAAGCCCAGGCUUGGGCCCAGACUGAGUUUGGGGCUGAGGCCAUGUCCCAAACAGAGAGCGUGUCCCAGAACAAUGCGGUAGCCUGGCCACUGGUCAGUUCUGAGUCUGGGUCAGUUGCUAAACCUAUGGGCCUACCUGUGGAUAGGGAAUUGGUCGGUGUGGAGACUGAGACCUUUCCUGGCUCCCAGGUUCAGACAGGAAUCCAACCCUGGUUUGGAUCAGGGGAGGAAACUAAUACAGGGUCUUGGUGCUAUCCCAGGCCCAGGGCCAGAGAGGAGGCCUCUAAUGAGUCUGGAUUCUGGUCAGCAGAUGAGACCUCUACAAUGUCUUCUUUCUGGGCUGGAGAAGAGGCCAGUAUCAGAUCAUGGCCCCGAGAAGAGGCCAAUACCAGGUCCAGGCAUAGGGCCAAGCAUCAGCCUAAUCCCAGAUCCAAGCUCAGAUCCAAGCAAGAUCCCUAUAUUGAUUCCUGGUCUGGGUCUGAGGAAGAGUCUGGCAACCCAUUCUGCUUGUGGGCUGGAGAAAAUACCAAUAACUUGUUCAGGCCCAGAGUCAGGGAUGAGCCAAAUAUCAGGUCCAAGCUCCGGACAAAGAGAGAGGACUUUUUUGAAUCUGAGUCUGAAGAUGAGUACUAUAAGGAGUCUUGGUUUUUGCCUGGAGAAGAGGCCAAUAGUAGAUUCAGGCCCAGAGACAAGGAAGAGCCUAAUACUAUCUUGAAGUCCAGGGCCCAGAAUGAUGUUAACAACAGUGAUAGAGCCAAACAAGAGUCCAGAUUUGAGGAAGACGUCAUUAUUGGGUCCUGGUUCUGGGCAGAGAAAGAGGCCGGUAUGGAAGCUGGGGCUACGGCUAUCUGUGAAUCCGAGCCAGGGGCUGAGGAGGGGGCCAUUGGUGGGUCCUUGUUCUGGACAGAGGAUAAGUCCAAUUUGGGAGCUGUGGCCAAAGAAGAGGCCAGGCCAGAGUCUGAAGAAGAGGCCAUAUUUGGGUCCUGGUUCUGGGACAGGGAUGAGGCCUGCUUUGACUUAAAUCCCCGUCCCGUGUACAAGGCUGCUCCCAGGUUCAGAGAUUCAGCUGAAGAGGAAGUUAAUGUAUCAUCCAGGCCCCAAACCUGGGAUGAGGUUACUGUUGAAUUCAAACCUGGUCUUUGUCAUGGGGUUGGCUUCCCAUCCCCAAGCCCAUUUAGAAUUCCUGAAGAAGCAGUAGCAUCUGUGUACUCUGAAAUGUUUGAGGGAAAGCCCAAGAUUGUGGAGGUUACCCCAGAAGGGGAAGACCAGGAGUCUUUGCUGCAGCCUGAUCAACCUGACCCUGAGUUCCCAUUUCACUAUGAUGCAUCCUACCGGUCAGUCAGGGAAAUUCGAGAGCAUCUUAAGGCCAAGGAGAGUGCAGAGCCUGAGAAUUGGUCCUGCAGCUGCAUACAAUGUGAGCUUAAAAUUGGUCCUGAAGAGUUUGAAGAACUCCUUCUGUUAAUGGACAAAAUUCGAGAUCCUUUUAUUCAUGAAAUAUCUAAAAUUGCAAUGGGUAUGAGGAGUGCUUCUCAAUUUACCCGCGAUUUCAUUCGUGAUUCAGGUGUUGUCUCACUUAUUGAAACCUUGCUCAAUUAUCCCUCCUCCCGUGUUAGGACAAGUUUUUUGGAAAAUAUGAUUCACAUGGCUCCACCUUAUCCAAAUCUGAACAUGAUUGAGACAUUCGUAUGUCAAGUGUGUGAAGAAACCCUUGCUCAUAGCAUGGGUUCCCCUGAGCAGCUGCUUGGAUUAAGGAUGCUUAGACACCUUACUACAACUACUGACUAUCACACACUGGUUGCCAAUUAUAUGUCUGGGUUUCUCUCCUUAUUAACUACAGGCAAUGCAAGAACAAAGUUUCAUGUUCUGAAAAUGCUAUUGAAUUUGUCUGAAAAUCCUAUGGUGGCAAAAAAACUAUUCAGUGCCAAAGCUCUAUCAAUAUUUGUGGGGCUCUUUAACAUAGAAGAGACAAACGAUAACAUUCAGAUUGUUAUUAAAAUGUUUCAGAAUAUCAGUAAUAUUAUAAAAAGUGGAACAAUGUCCUUAAUUGAUGAUGAUUUCAGUCUUGAGCCGCUUAUUUCUGCAUUCCACGAGUUUGAGAAGUUAGCUGAGGAACUGCAAGUCCAACUAGACAAUCAGAAUGAUCCUGAGGGACAAAAAAGCUAAUAGGAUUAACCACCUGCCUCUGAUCAGCCUUAUGUUCCCAAAGAGCCCUGAGUAGUGCUUUGGUUUUCAGUCUGGUUUUAUGUUGUAACUUAUAUUUUUGACGCUGAUGUUAACAUUGUCCAAUUCUUGAUUUGAGCUGGAUCAUUUUGUGGAUGCCAAAUGACUAUUAGUGCUGAAAAAAAUUUGUUGAUAUUUGUCUUGCUGUCCAGAUUGCAGUAUUUUCAGUAUUGAGCUUUCAAUGAACUGAGCCGUGUGUGUAAGCUACCCUGCUAUUUGUUGUUUAAACAUAUGGUUCUCUAUUCGAGUCUGUGUUUUCAAUAAAGUUCUAUGUGAAAAUUGGC